UCGGACAGGUCCACGGUGGGGUUUGUGCCAAGCGUCUGCCGGGCGGGCUCGCCGCGCCCGCUCCAUGCCGCUGGGGCCGGGGGCGCUGCGGAGCGGGGCAGGGGGCGUUCGCCAUGGCCGAGGCGGGGGCCGAGGAGGAGCAGCAGAAAGCGGCGCCGGCAGGAGUGAAGAUGGAGAACAUGUAAAAAUUAAAUAUUUCAGGGAAGCUCAUAGUCAAACAGAAAAACGAAGAAGAGAUAAAAUGAAUAACUUGAUAGAAGAAUUAUCUGCUAUGAUACCUCAGUGCAAUCCUAUGGCACGUAAAUUAGACAAACUUACAGUAUUACGAAUGGCUGUGCAGCAUUUCAAGUCAUUAAAAGGUUCUACCAGUUCUUAUGCAGAAGUUCAAUAUAAGCCUUCAUUUUUACAGGAUGGUGAGCUGAGACAAUUAAUCCUUAGGGCUGCUGAUGGGUUCCUGUUUGUGGUUGGAUGUGAUAGAGGAAAAAUUCUUUUUGUCUCUGAAUCAGUCUGCAAGAUACUUAAUUAUGAUCAGGCCAGCUUGAUUGGACAAAGUUUAUUUGACUACUUGCAUCCAAAAGAUGUUGCCAAAGUGAAGGAGCAACUAUCCUCUUCAGACGCUUCACCAAGAGAAAAGCUUAUAGAUGCCAAAACUGGCUUGCAAGUACGUAUGGAUUUUCAAGCUGGAUCAGCUCGAUUGCAUUCUGGUGCUCGGCGUUCCUUCUUCUGUCGGAUAAAGUGUAGUAGGAUCACAGUCAAGGAAGAAAAGAAAUGCUUGCCCAACUCAAAGAAGAAAGAGCACAAAAAGUACCGUACAAUCCAUUGUACUGGCUAUCUGAAGAGCUGGCCUCCUACCGAGGUGGGAGUGGAAGAGGAGAGUAAUGCAGAAGACAGCAGUAACUUUAACUGUCUUGUUGCAGUUGGGAGAUUGCAUCCUUAUAUUGUUCCACAAAAGAGUGGUGAGAUAAAGGUCAAACCAACAGAAUUUGUUACACGCUUUGCCAUGGAUGGAAAAUUUGUUUAUGUAGACCUACGUGCAACAGCAAUUUUAGGGUAUCUGCCGCAAGAGCUUCUAGGAACUUCUUGUUAUGAGUACUUCCAUCAAGAUGAUCACAAUCAUCUAGCUGAUAAACACAAAGCAGUGUUGCAGAGUAAAGAAAAAAUAUUUACAAAUUCCUACAAAUUCAGAGCAAAAGAUGGAACUUUCAUUACAUUGAAGAGUCAAUGGUUUAGUUUCAUCAAUCCAUGGACCAAAGAACUGGAGUACAUUGUAUCAACCAACACUGUAGUGUUGGGUCACAAUGAGUCAGGAGAAGAAGCAUUACUACCCUGUAGUUCCCAGUCCUCAGAAGAUACUUCAAAGCAGUCUUUUCCCAGUGUUCCUGGGAUGUCCACUGGAACAAUACUUGGUGCUGGAAGCAUAGGAACUGAGAUUGCAAAUGAAGUAUUAAACUUAGAAAGGUUACAUUGUUCUCCAUCUAUUGGUGAGUUAAGUCCAUCUGAUCUUAUGAGGAAAUCUUCUCCAACUUUAACUCCAAAAUGCAGCAAUGUGCCAAAUAAAGAGUUGAUUCAGUUAUGUCCUUCAGAAAUGGAGGACUUGGAGACCUUGGGGCAAAAUCAGGGCACUGUUUCAUUCCCAAGCAAUGAACCUCUUCUCAGUGACAGUUGCCAGUUGGAUUUUGAUGCAAUGUGUGAAAAUGAUGAUACUGCCAUGGCGUCUCUCAUGAAUUACUUGGAAGCUGAAGGAGGCCUUGGGGAUCCAACAGAACUCUGUGAUAUACCAUGGACUCCCUAGUGGUUCUUUUAUAUACAAAUGAGAAGAAUGUAAAAUUCUGUAAUGCACAACAACCGCACAUCCUCAAGUACUGUAUUGGUCAUUUUUAAGGCUUUAUUUUAAUUCAUAUUUACUAUCUGUAUAUUUGCUAAGACUUUUAUGCCUUGUUCACAAAGAAAUGGCUUGUUCUGCACAUAUAGAAAAAAUGUGAUAUUUUUUCAUGACAGAGAACCUCAAAAUUGUAUUGAUCCAUAUCUGACUAGAGUGCUUACAACACGUGGUUAUAUUUUUGCUAAAAAGCUUUAACCCAAAGAUACUGUACAAUGUAUAGGAAUAACCGUGUUCAUCUAAAUGUUUUAAUACUUUAAAAAACAAACAAAAAAAGCUUUUAUUUGUAAUUUUCUUUUAAGAAUUGGGUGGAAAAGUAUUUCUCCAUGUCACUUCUGUAGGACUUUCUCUACUUGCACAGUUUGAGAAAUGUUUUUGUACCUCUAAGCUUUCUUUGAAAAUAUGGUUUCCACACUGCAAAAUUGUAAGAAAAGUACUAUAGGACAAAAGGGGACAUUGCCGUUUACAAUUCUUUGCCCUUUUUAGAAGUAUUGUGUACAAUUUUUGUAGUCAAGUAAAAACAAAAGAAAAAACAAUAGUCUGGGAGCAAGAAACCAAGUUAUAGGAUUUGUGUUAAAUUAUCCAGUAUGCUGACCAGGAAAAGGAUUUGAGAGUUCUGGACAAACAAUGUUAAACAUUGUCCCACAGCACAAAUGUGACUGGUGGGGAGGAAGAGAGACAAAAUAGUCUAAUACAAAGUAUUAUUUAAAUAUAUUAGUAGAGGGACAGAACACAAAACCAUAGUAGUAAUACUGUAACUGUAAUAAAACCAUUUGGUCACUAUAGUUUGGGGGAUAUUAUUGCCUUGGAAAUAUGUGUUAGAGCAGUGGAUUUCAACCUCUUUUCAUUUGCAGUUCCCUAAAAAAAUUUGAAUGGAGGGAUGGAUCCCUUUGGAAAUCGUAGACAUAGUCUACAGACCUCCAGGGGUCCAUGGACCACAGGUUGAAAACCACUGUUAUAGAGCAUAGCUAUUUAAAGAAAGCAGAUAUAAAAUUAGUCAAUAUAAUCUUACGUCUGGAGAAAAGUGAGAAUUGAGGAGCCGGAGAUUUUAAAAA